UGUCAUCUGUCAGCGAUGUUUGUUUUUUCCCUCUUGCAAUUUGAUUCUGAGUUCUGUAUUUGUGAAAAAUAAAAAUGUGAAUUUCAAGUUUUUAUAAUUUCAAGCAUUGUCUUCUCAUCAAUUGUGGAUUAGUAUGUCGAAAAGGGAUAAGAAAUUGGUUCGUCUCUACAUUGCUGACUGUAUAGAAGUUUUGGACGCCUUAGUCCAAUAUGAUGAUAUCAAAAAUUUUAAUAAAACCCAUAGGUUUUUUGGUUUUGCUAGAAGGCUGAAGGAAGAAGUUAUGCAAAAUCGAAAUGAUGAAGAGAAAAGCUAUAUAUUAGGGCGCCGAUACUUGAAUCUAAUUGAUAAUGUUCUCAAGAAAAUUAAUGAUCCAAAUUUAACAAAAUCAUUGUUUGCUAAUGAUUACCGCAAAACAAAAAAAAUUGUGGCAAAUUUAAGAGUCAGUUUAAAAAAAAGAUAUAAAACAGAGAUAUCAUUAGGGAGCGAAAGAGACACAAUGGAAACUAAAUUCGAAAAUGAACGAUGUGAUGACUCAUCAGUAACUUCAUCAUCUGGUCAAUAUAUCACAGUUGGUAGGACUAAUGAGGAAUAUAAGGAAGCACCCUUGUUUUUAGAUAAGUUCAUAUCCCCGGGCGAGUUACUAACUGCAGCAAUGAAAUCGUCAAAUAUGCUUAUUGUCGAUAUUAGGAAAGCUAAAUAUUUUUGUAUAUCGAGAAUACAACUUGAAUCAGGACUAAUGAUAAAUAUACCUGAAGAUUUAGUCCAACCGGGUUUAUCUGCAAACAUAUUGGUCCAAAAUCUCGGUCCUGAGACGGGUGCAAUUUGGAAUAAAAGAGAUAUUUAUGAUACUAUCGUACUUAUGGACUAUAACACUUCAAACCUUACAUAUCACGGAUCCAAACUGGAAGUUUUAGGAAACUUGAUUAUAAAGUGGGAUGUAAACCACAGAUAUGAACGGGAACCCUAUAUACUUGAUGGAGGAAUUAAAGAAUUUGCAGAUCGCUUUCCUUCUGAAAUUGAUGAUACGCACAUUAUUCUGUCUCAUAACAACUCAGAAAUUGUCGAAUUUUCGGAUCUAGAAAGCAUACAUUCAACUAAUUCUAUUACAAAUCUGGAGUCGAGAAUUCAGAGAGAUUUUGAACUUGAAGAAACUGAAGCUUAUAAUCUUCAUAGUCGUUCAGAAGGAAACCUACCCGUAGAUUUUUAUGAAUCAGACGAUUCAAAUCCAGCUGGACCAUUCAGUAGUCUUUCACAAGACUCUUUGUCAAGAGAACAUUCGGUCACUGAAUUGACACAUAGUGAUUUUUUCACACUUGUAAAGUGUAUGGAGGCUUUGAGUUUGUCUGAAGGAAAUGAAUUAGAUAAAGUGAUUGCGGAUACAAGAACAAUUUUACUAGGAACUACCGGAGGCGAAGUAGAACAUAUAGAUGAAGUUAUUAGUAAAGAUCAAGAUAGUUCAGAAUUGAGUGGAAAAACUCAUAUCAUUGAACAACCUUUGGUAAUUCGGUCUCGUUCUCCUGAAAGACAGAAUUAUGGAGAAGGGUAUACUGGUUUGAUAAAUGUAGGAAAUAUUUGCUACAUGAACUGCAUGUUACAAUGCUUGAAAGUUCUACCAGUGAUUAAAGCAACCUAUGUAACAUCUGAUCUAUAUCUAAAGUUCCAGACAAGAACACCUUUAAAAAUUAAUCAUAUAAUGGCAGAUGUAUUCAGAGAAAUUUGGAAGGGAUCUGAUUCCAAUCAAAACAUCUUCUUCAUCGAGGAAUUCAAGAAAAAGAUAGUUGAAAUCGCUCCACAGUUCGGCAAAAAUACUCAUGAAGAUGCAUUUGAAUUCUUUAUUUUUCUAUCAAAAGUAAUAAAUGAAGAUUGUUCUUUAGACCUGCUCCAGUCUCCAGUAAUGACUGAACAAGAGAAUGCUUGGUAUUCCCUACUCCAAGGGCAUACUUCUUUUUGGGUGGAUACAUUUUAUUACCUACUGAAAAACUCCAGAACAUGCAAUAAGUGUCACCAUACAAAUUCAGUAUUCGAAACUGACAGCACUUUAAUGGUACCUAUUGAUAAAUCUACAAAGCACCUGCAGUUAUUAAUUGAUAACUACAUGACAAGCAAUCUUGUUCUCAACUAUGUAUGCACCAAAUGCCAACAGUCUUCACGCAUUUUGAAUAAAAAAGAGAUUAUAGUACAUCCUGAAGUACUGGUCAUCAUGCUAAAAAGAUAUAUUGUAUAUCCGGAUGGAACUUGCAAAAAAAUUACUUCCCCGAUUGAAUUUCCUCUAGAAGGUCUCAGCUUCGGUAGUUGCAAAUACAACUGUUACAGCAUAGUUCAUCAUUCUGGUUCUGCGAACUGUGGUCACUACUUUGCCACAGUAUUACUAGAUGGUAAAUGGGUUUCCUUCAGUGACGAAAAGAUGAAGACAUUCAGAUUUGCUUUCAAUGAGUCUGUUGCAGUCCAAAGAACUGCUGUUGGAUUUUUUUAUGUACACCAGGGUAAAAAUUGAUGUGAUAAAUUUAAAAUGUGAUAAUAUGAAGUAUUACUGAUAUUUUCCAGAUAUUCCAAAUAUUUUUGAUACACCGUGUUCAUAAAAAAAAAUGUUUUAUUGUUCUACAAAGUGCCUUAUGUUUAUGUAGUAUGUUCAGUUUAUGUUCUGUGUUUAUUUAUUGAUAUAGGUUAGUAUUUGACAAAAAAUUGCCUCAAGUUACAAUGAGGUAUCUUAGUUUUUUACGUUCAGGUUGAAUCCUGAAAAAGUUCCUGUUCUAGUCGUUCAAGUUGUAGGUCAACAAAUUUAUUCGACUGAUUAUCCAAACUUAAGUUUUUAUUUUAAGUUAUUUUGAGUAUUUUGAAGUUAUUUUAAGUAUUUCAAACUUAUUUGUUUGCAAAUUGCAAUAUUUGAGUUGUUCUAAAAAUUGAUGUUACCGUUUUUUAAUAAAUUUUUUUAUAAAA